AUGUCCCCCGGAGGAGAAUCGAAGGAGCUAGAGAGAGCAAGCGCUUGUAGCCUCAGAAGUAAGCAGCGGGAGGACUCGAAUUUCCACUUUUUAGGUAACUUACUUCUGGAUUCUAGAUUCUCGGGGUUCCGCAUUCUCUUUGUGACUCCAAUCCCCGCUUGGAAUCAUCCCCGGGAAGUGUACCCAGCCCUUUCCCCAGGGGCGCAGCGGGGCGCUGCUGGAGGGGGCAUGGAACACCGAAUUAUUGGACCUGGGCCCUACCGCGCGACCAAGUUGGUAAGCUCACGGGGGAACGGCGGCCAGCACUGUCCCCUUCUCCUAGCCCCCUGCGGUGCAGAUGGCCAUCCUAGGCUCCUACCUGAUGGUGACAGCGGCUUAGCUGAGGAAAAGAACCUGAUUUGGUUUGGUUUUGUGUUCAGUCUAUUUAUCCUUCACGGGGGCUGGUGGAAUGAAACAAUUGAGCUUUUUCGUGCUAAGAUGCCGUUACGGAAACAUCGAAGUCAUUUCAAAAGUUAUGAACAUUGUUUUACAGCCUCAGAAGCUGUGAAUUGGUUACAUAAUCUACUUAGGCAUAACCAGAACUUUGGUCCAGAAGUGACUCGCAAACAAACGGUUCAGCUGCUAAAAAAGUUCCUGAAGAACCAUGUUAUUGAAGACAUCAAGGGAAGGUGGGGUCAGGAAGAUUUUGAGGACAACCGACAUCUUUACAGAUUUCCUCCUUCUUCACCCUUGAAACCAUACCCAAAGAGAUCUCCCUAUCAAGCAAGUGUUGUCAAAUUCCCAGACUGGGCUGAUCAACCACCAGAUACUACCCAAGAAAACAUACCUGUCAGGCCUAUUGUUAUGAAUUCUGAAUCGUGGUACAAGCGUCACAGUAUCGCAAUUGGAGAAGUGCCCGCCUGCCGCCUUGUCUAUCGAAGACAGCUGACAGAGGCCAAUGUAGAAGAGAUCUGGAAGUCUAUGACAUUAUCACACUUACAGAAAAUCCUUGAACUGGACUCCCUGGAGGAAGUUUUGGAUCCCAAGCUUGUCAACUCAAAGUUCAUCAUCCACAAUGUGUACAGUGUUAGUAAGCAGGGAGUUGUCAUCCUCACGGAUAAAUCAAAAGAACUUCCUCAUUGGGUACUGUCAGCUAUGAAAUGUUUAGCAAAUUGGCCUAGUUGUUCAGACUUGAAGCAGCCUAUGUAUUCAGGGUUUGAAAAAGAUGUCUUUAAAACAAUAGCAGAUUACUAUGGUCACUUGAAGGAACCUCUGCUCACAUUUCAGCUUUUUGAUGCCUUUGUCAGUGUGCUGGGUUUGUUGCAGAAAGAGAAAAUUGCUAUUGAAGCUUUUCAGAUUUGCUGUCUCCUUCUGCCUCCUGAAAAUCGGAGAAAGUUACAACUGUUGAUUAGGAUGAUGGCGAAGAUCUGCUUAAACAAGGAGAUACCACCACUCUGUGAUGGCCUUGGCAUGCGUACACUGAUGGUUCAGACAUUUUCACAUUGCAUCUUGUGCUCCAAGGAUGAAGUCGAUUUGGAUGAGCUGUUAGCUGCCCGGUUGGUGACAUUUCUGAUGGACAAUCACCAGGAGAUCUUGCAAGCUCCCUCUUCCUUACAGAAUGCAAUAGAGGAACGUGUAGCCCAUUUGCGACGUGUACAGAUAAAAUACCCAGGAGCAGAUACAGAUGCAACUCUGUCUGCCCCAUCAUUUUGUCGUCAAAUUAGUCCAGAAGAAUUCGAAUACCAAAAAGUGUGUGGUUCCCAAGAACCUUUAGCAACAUUGUUGGAGGAAAUCAUCACAGAUAACAAAUUGUCAGUCAAGGAUAAAAAGAAAAAAUUGAAACAGUUUCAGAAAUCCUAUCCUGAAGUCUACCAGGAACGAUUUCCUACACCCGAGAGUGAAGCUCUGGUGUUUCCAGAAAAAUCAAAACCCAAACCACAACUAUUGAUGUGGGCACUGAAAAAGCCUUUUCAGCCUUUUCAAAGAACCAGAAGUUUUAGGAUGUAACUCAUUUUAAAAUAAUUAAUGAUCUCUUUUUCAAGUGUAUGAAUUUGGAAGAGAGGGAAAUGCAUUUUGACUACUAAAAUGUAUAAAAAAGAUUAUCUGAUUUUUUAAAAAAAAAUGUUAAGCCAUUAUCAGUAUUUUUAUAUCUUGAUUUCUAUUUUCAAUGUACAGUUGGAUUCACAAUUAUAGGCCAAAUGUUGAUUUCUAUUUUUUUAUGGUACAGUUGGAUUCACAAUUAUAGGCCAAGUGCUGUGUAGUAGAAUGAAACUGGAAAUUUUAAGAAUGAUGUGUUUUAGCUCUCUUUAGUCUGUUGUUUUAAAUGUUACUUUAAAUGUUACUUUUUAAAUGUUACUUUAAAUGUCACUGUACACUGAUUUGUGUGUGUACGUGUGUGUGCGUGUGUGUGUG